UCAAGUAGGAAGAACCAACCUCCGGACCAUUAUGAGCACCUUCAAUGCUGCCCAGGAUUACCCGUCAGCCUACUCUAUAGCUGCAGAAGAAGACCAGUCAGCGUACUCUACAGGCCUGUCGUCACACUCCGAAACAAGUUUACUGCAAUCUGGGCGGAAGAAAGACAACGUCUUGCUGUUCUCCCUCGGGGCCCUCGGCGUGCUCUUAAUAGUCGUCAUGACCGUGUUGGUGUUCGUGCUCAAGGAUUCCGGUGUUGACGAAGAGAGCACAGACAGGAACGAGGAAAUCGGAGGUGGUGGAGAUGGACCCAAAGGGAGCGUGUAUCGCACUACGCCACGGACUCGUCCCACCGGCAUGCAUGGUGCCCCAGGAGCUACGCCAAGCUCCAUGCCGACACCCUCUGCGGCCUCCAUCCUUCGUGACAAAGGAGCUAUGUCAAGUUCCGUGGCAACGCCUUCUGCGGCCUCCAUCCCUCUGAAACAGUCACUGCUCUACUCCCUGCUGUGCACCGUACGCGAGGGUUUCGACAAACGCACGAUCGUGUUUCCCCCUGACGGACUCUGCGACAUCAUCACCUUUGACUCCCUCUUCACGCUAAAGGGCAGUAAACUCAGCCCGCCGUACAAGGAUGACUUCAAGCAUUUCAUGGAAAUCGCGAGGCAGCAUCACAAGACCGAGUACGGCAUCGGCAUCAACAGCAAGUUUUGCCGAAACCAAACGAAGAUGGACAAACUGAUGGCGAACCCCACCACCAAGGCGAACUUGGACGCCAUGUGGGACAAGAGGAUCUAUCAUUACGCUCAAGUCAACACGCCCGUGGCAGGCCAGCCCCGAGAUAUCGUUUCCCUCGGGAGGGAUUCAGCGAGAGGCCUGCAGAUGAUUUCUGCACUCAUGAGUGACAAGAAGGAUCCUGUACGCCGACCUAGCUACACCAUACUUCACUUCCCUUUGAUAUUUCCCAGCAUGCUCCCCGGCAUCACAACCGCAAUAAGAAACUAUCAAAUAGACGUGUUUGUCGCUAUCGGGUACGUUACGCAAAGCGACUCCAAGUCCGUGCAGUGUCGCAUCGUGCCCCCGGUCUUGUAUUCGGCAGAGUUAUUGGAGCCUGCUUUCCUGAACACUACCUACCGCAUACGUUUGGUCAGGGUGAUAGCGAGCCUGCAGGCCGGGAAGAACGACUGGCCAGCUGCAACUGUCUUAGCGGUGUCCGUGGGAAUGGGUGGUCGACACUACUUCCCGCUGUAUCCGGACAGCCUGGACGGGACGCCUGGGAAUUUCUCUCUGGGACACCGCUGCUCACCGAACAACCUUCCCGCGAGCAAGCUCAUAGGAAGCACUGUGGAGGUCUGCAAAGACCCGGUCUACAACAGCACGUUCUACCUGGACACGACUUUUCAAGCUCUCGUCGCGUAUGACAAGGCGAGAGCAGAACUAUUCACUUAUGACAGCGCCUCCAGUCUUCGCUACAAGCUGUGCGAGACGAAGAGCAACGCGACGAGCAUCAGUUACACCAUCGUCGCCGACGACAUCCAGUUCGAGGAUGCCACCAACGAGUGCGGAUACGGAGCGUUCAGCCGGCUGAGAACGCUCAAGGCGCUGACGCACUUCUUUUUCGACGACUACAGUGAUGCGAGCUUUCGUGACGCAUGCCUCUCGGUCGCGUAGCGCGACUGGUGAUCUAUGGGCCCUUGAUGUCUCGUAGCUGUGCAUGCGUGAUAUCUCCUAGUUCAGCUUUGAGUAAUAAAGAA